CUAAUUGGUCAAAUUUCAAUCUUCAAUGUAUAGUCUGAUAUGAGCUAUACGGGCUUUAGAACCGGCUCUUACACUCUCUUAUACCACCUAUACGCAUACUGAACGGUGGCAAAAUAAUGGAAUAAUAACAAUAAGCCAAGAAAUCACAUUGACAAUGUUAUUACAAUAAUAUUUUAAACAUGUAAUAUUUCUAUAUAAUAUAUAUAUAAUAAUUUCGUAUAUUGUAUAGAUAGUUUCAUAUUUUAUUAUACAUAGGAAAUUGUCAUCUGCGCCUGCCGUCAUUCGUCACGUAAUAUCUGCCUAUCAUGAGGGAUCGAAAUAUUAAUGUUUGUAAAAGUACAUGUGAUGGGCUACUAAAAUUAAGAAAGACAUAUCUAAAGAAAUUCUACUGCAUUGCGUCAAUGCACUUCCUAUGUUCCGCCAACACGUUCACCUGUCUACCGCCACCUGCCUUCUUAACCAACUACAUACGGCGUACACGCGUCACAGCCGUGUAUGCUCUGCUGUUAAGUAUAAUAUUCUAAGGGACUUUAGUUCGCCUAUAUAGCAUACGUAGUGGGGCCAUGAUCUUUCACCAUACUACAUGCUUAUUCUUGGCAAUACGACCACGACCGCCCGCGGUUGUGCAGUCAACGUUACGCUGUCGUUGACUACAGUCGUGAAUCGAGUUGACUUGGCAGUUUCGAUAAGCGGCGUUUGAAUAUCGUAGAAGACGCCGAAGAAAGAGAUCCAUCCGCCCGUUCGCGAUACAGACUAAGUUCGACGAACUCUAAACGGGAGGAGCAUCGGCGACGCGCGAUAUCAUUCCCCCGUAAAUGCCUCGGGAUACUCUCGGAAAUGUUUGCAAUGUUCGCGAGCAUUUCGUAAAAAUACACAGCUCUCAAUACAAUAGUCACGUGAUAUUGAACCUGCCGCUUCUACUAUCCGAAAGAGCGAAUAUAUUUUACGAUUACAUCAUUUUAAAUAUUUUACAUCUGAGAGAUAUUAGUGCAAAAAGAGUUUCAAAGAUAUAAGUUGGAGAGAUAAGAUUAGAAUAAAAACAAGUUUUUAAUUUAGAAAACGACAAAUAUAAGAUAAACGUUGUUUUUAAUCAAACGUAAUCGAAACGAGAACACAAGUCCGUGGUAUUUAUAUCGACAACUAAAACUUCGCGAAAGAUCUAUGAUAACGCUUGCCGAUUUGCGAUAUAAUAAUUGCGAUUUGUUGACAUUGGACAUUAUUAAAAAGGAUCGUUCCUCAUUCAGCAUGCCUGCUUUUGGUUUCUUGAUGCAGACAACCGAAUGUAUCAACGUCGACUUAUGAUGUCAACCGGAUAUCUCAAACGACCUUCCAAGACACGGAGGCCGAAAAGGCAAUAAUGGGUUCAGUCGUAUACUGCAUACAUCACAAGGAUGGCUGCAAAUGGUCCGAUGAAUUAAGGAAGCUAAAGGCGCACUUGAAUACAUGUAAACAUGAUGCGGUUCCAUGUGGCAAUAAAUGUGGGGCGAUGAUUCCUCGUGUACUUAUGGAAGACCAUUUGAAAUAUACCUGCGCCCAGCGUAGGGCUCGUUGCGACUUUUGUGCCAAAGAGUUUACUGGACAUACUUUAGAGAAACACACGGGAACAUGCGGCUAUGAACCUCUAUAUUGUGAAAACAAAUGCGGAAUGAAGGUGCAAAGGCGACACCUCGGACAGCACAAGUUAGGAGAAUGUGCCAAAAGAUUGGUCGCUUGUCGUUACUGUAACAAAGAAUUCGUUUUCGAUACGCUUGGCGCUCAUCACACGAAAUGCGGUCGAUUCCCUGUUGCAUGCCCUCAUCGUUGCGAAACCGCGGUGCUUCCUCGAGAGGAUCUCGAGGUUCACUUAAAGGAUCAUUGCACCACGCAUCUACUUUCCUGUACAUUCAAGGACGCCGGUUGUCGCUUCAAGGGAAAUAGAUUUUCGCUUGAUAAACAUCUAGAAGAAUCCGCAAAAAUGCAUCUAAGUCUCAUGUGUAGUCUCGUAACGAAGCAGCAACAUCAAAUAACCAGUCUAAAGUCAGCGAUCAGUAAACUAUCAUUGAAUUAUACGGGCACACUUAUAUGGAAGAUUACGGACUAUGCCACAAAGAUGUCAGAAGCGAAAGCGAAGGAAGGAAUGGAGCUUGUUAGUCCACCUUUUUAUACUAGUCAAUAUGGAUAUAAAUUACAAGCCUCGAUUUUUUUAAACGGAAACGGGACCGGAGAAGGCAGCCACAUCUCGAUAUAUAUAAAAAUCCUGCCCGGUGAGUACGACGCGCUUCUACGAUGGCCGUUCUCGCACAGCGUAUCAUUCACGAUGUUCGAUCAGACAGUCAUUGCGGAGAAGGCCUGCAACAUUGUGGAAAGUUUCAUACCUGACCCGACGUGGAAGAACUUUCAACGGCCAAGUCGCGAGCCAGAUUCUCUCGGUUUUGGCUUCCCAAGGUUCGUGUCCCAUGAGAUGGUGAAGAAGCGACACUUCGUCAAAGAUGACACCAUGUUUAUUCGAGUUAAAGUGGAUCCUAGUAAAAUCGUAGCGGUUUAAAAAAUGCGUAAACACGAUGAUUCUACUAAACCAUUACGUUUAUGAUUACGAACUUCAAUGUGAUAUUUCCGAGUACUCGCUUGAGCAAGGCAUACAGUACUUAUAUUGCUUUAAAUUAUGUGGCAAUAAUGCAAAUUAAACCCUCGAAUGAAAACGCAAAUAUAGGCGGGAAUUGUGCCGCCUAUCUACGUCAUGACAAUUUUGUUUCGUUUGUUUAGACAUAUUACUACAAAUAUUGCUGAUAUAAAUAUAGAAUUAAUAACUUAUUGACACUGCCAAACACGAUGCAUCAAAAUGUAUUUACUUUCUCGAUUUCUUAAUUUUUUCUUUCAUUUUUUAAAUUUAUUACUGUAUAAUCACUUUCUGUGUUGUAUAAUUUAAGUAUACUAAAUGUUAACUCUCGGACAGAAUGGAUGCGAGCGUGAAAGCCGCGUGCACGAUGGAGGCUGGGUUUAUUUUGACUCAUAACAAAAUUUGUUUUGUACGUGCAUAUCCCAGAUUAAAAUUUUAUAUAUAUAUAUACACUACACUUGUAUAUGACAAAACAAAAAAUAUAUUUUUAAAAUAAAAAUUGAUAUUUUUGGAUAAUGCACACAAAAUAUUUGUUUCCAGCUAAAUGUAUAUUUAAUUCUUUUUUUUUCACGAAUUUUUUAAAACAUUUUGAAAAUAUGGAUUACAUAAGUAACCUGGCAUCCGCAGACGAAAGGUUAAUAUAUGUUAUUAGCUUUAUCAUUAUUCUAUGAUAGCUUGCGAUUAUAUUUGCUAUCUUCCUAAUGAUCUGUCGUAUUUAUAUUUAUAAGAUUAUAUCUUUUUUCACAUUUUUAAAAUAUUUAAUGAGUGAGCGAAAAUCUUCGAUUUUUCGAGUGGCCUUAUAAUCGCGACUGAGUUAUUCUUAGGGAACAAAAAUCAAAGAUUAUUAAGAAACUUUGUAUGUACUAUAAGUUUAAAAAAUGUAAAUAUAAGUGUGGAAUGCCAUACAAUAAUGGACAAUGAAUUAAAGUAAUUGAGAUAGAUUGACCAAUGUAAAUAUGCACUUCUUAUAUAUAGUGAUAAUGAGAAAUGUGAUCGAGAUAUGCUAUAGUAAACAUAUGUAAUGACUUAAAAGUAAAUCGGUUAAUAAACUUGUUAUAUAA